AUGGCACACACAAUUCGCUGGGGUAUCAUGGCCACUGGCUGGAUCGCGGACACUUUCGUCCGCGAUCUCCUCCAAGAUCCCAAAGCCCGCGAUGCCUCCGACAUCGCCCACCAAGUUGUCGCCGUUGCCUCCUCCUCCUCCAAGGACAAGGCAACGCAAUUCAUCUCAACCGUGGAAAUCCCAGAGCCCUGCGCCGCCUACUCCAACUACGAAGACCUCGUCGCAGACCCCAACGUCGACGUAGUCUACGUUGCCACUCCGCACUCGCACCACUACCAGAACGUCAUGCUGGCCCUGAACGCCGGCAAGAACGUACUCUGCGAAAAGGCGUUUACUGUUAAUGCGGCGCAGACCAAGAUUCUGUGUGACACGGCUCGUGAGAAGGGUCUUUUCCUGAUGGAGGCGGUCUGGACUCGCUAUUUCCCGUUGAGUGUGCAGGUGCGCGAGGUUAUUCGCAGCGGGGAGAUUGGGGAGGUGCUUAGGACGGUGGCUGAUACGAGUUUCGGGGGUGAUGUGGAGGAGAAAUGGGGCACGACGCAUCGGAUGGUGAAUCCCGAUUUGGCGGGUGGUGCGUUGUUGGAUUUGGGCAUCUACUCUCUUACUUGGAUCUUCCAAACCCUCUACCAUACUCUCCCCAAAGACCAACGCAAACCACCAACCGUCACCUCCCAAAUGACCCCCUACCACCUCACUGGCGCUGACGAAUCCACCACCAUCAUCCUCAACUUCCCCACCAGCACGCCCACCAACGCCAAGCCCCCGCGCCGCUCCCACGGCAUCGCAAUGACCAACAUUCGUGUCGCGGGUGACCCAGACGAACAGGGUACUUCGGGCCCGAACAUUCGUAUCCAGGGCACCAAGGGUGAAAUCCAGGUAUUUGGUCCUCCGUUCCGGCCGACCAAGUACCGCAUUAUUCCUGUGAAGGGUGCUGGGGAGGUGCGUGAGGUGGAGUGCCCGUUCCCUGCGGGUGGUCAUGGGAUGUUUUGGGAGGCGGAUGAGGUUGCGAGGUGUUUGAGGGAUGGGAAGUUGGAGAGUGACGGGUUGCCUUGGGAGGAGAGUAUUGUUAUUAUGGAGGUUAUGGAUGAGGUUAGACGUCAGGGUGGAUUGGUGUAUCCGGCUAAGAUUGAAUCGACGGAGUAUCCGUUGCAGUUGUAG